GCGCGCUGUGCCACUGCUCCAGCAGCAGGUUAACACACCUUAAGUGUGAGCACAUUAUACAUUCACAAUAAUGACCUGAACCUGUUUGGAAACUUUUCUGAAAGUUUAUUUUUUUUGGGGGGAGGGGGGGAUUAGUAAUGGCCCUGUCUCAGAUUCAGUGUCUAAAUGAGCAUCAUGUUAAUUUACGCACUAACGAGUCCAAGCCGGAGUUCCUGUACAGUGAGGAGCAGAGGCUGGCGCUGGAGAGGCUGCUGGAUGAAGGUCCGGACUGCUUUCACGAGUUCAUCAAGACCAACCGGAUUCGGCCAUUUUUGUCCGACCUGGAGCUCGCGCAGCUGUCCGCCUCCGUGGAACACUUUUGUCCGGAUUUACCCGAUUCCUCAGCCGGCUCUGAUGGGGACAGUAAAGAGACGCGCUUGUCCUCACUCCAGUACUGGCCGGAGCGCUCUGAUGACUCGCUCCCGCAGCUGGAGCUCGGCUGGCCUCAGCGCGCCAGCUACCGUGGACUGACCCGCGUCGCCGUGCAUGCGCAGCCGCCCCUACACGGGGACGCGCAUAUUAAAGAGGUCAUCAGGAGAACCAUAGCACAGGCACAGAAGGUCAUUGCUGUGGUCAUGGAUUUGUUUACAGACGUGGACAUCUUUAAAGAUCUCUUGCAUGCAAGCUUCAAGCGUAACGUGGCUGUUUACAUCGUACUGGAGGUUACUGGGGUUCCACACUUCCUGAAAAUGUGCGAGAGUGCAGCAAUGCACACAGGACACCUUAAAAACUUGAGAGUGCGGAGUAUAAGAGGAACUGGGUUUUUCACUCACUCAUCCAAGAAAGUAUGUGGGAGCCAAAGUCAAAAAUUCAUGUUUGUUGAUGGAGACAAAGCCGUUUCAGGAUCAUACAGUUUCACAUGGGCUGCCUCGAGAUUAGACAGGAGCAUCAUUACCGUGCUCACAGGCCAGGCUGUGGAUUUAUUUGACCAGUUGUUCCAAGACCUGUAUAUGAUGUCUAAUGCCAUUAAUUUGAACACAAUUAAACUGGAGAAAGAGAAAAAGCUAGAACCCAUCACUAAAGCAGCACCUCCUCUGCAGCCCUCAACCGCCAUGGCCCUCAAACUCUUCAACCCCAAAUACGCUCUGGUCUCUGGCAAUGCUGUUGCUAACAUCAAUCGUGUUAAUUCUGAGAUGUGCACAGCCAAGAAUAACAGCAAUAAACUAAUGAAGGAAGUGCCAGAAGGUCCUCGCAUUCACCCUGGACUGCUCCACCUAGAAAAAGCCAACAUGAUUGACUACCUGCCUGUUUGGCCUGAGCCUGAUCCACCAGGUGAUGUCACUGGCUUCAUUAAUAUGAGGGACUGUAAUAAACCCCUACAAGCUCACCUCACACGUUCAGAUCUCUUUGAGGUCUCGCAAGUCAUCCGAUUUAAAGACCCGAUCUGCGUGCCACAAGAGUCUCUGUCUGAGAAGGUUUGUCCAAGGCCUACCACUCCAACUGCUGCUUCAGCCAAUGAGCAGCCACUUAUGCAACCCCAAACUAGACCGGUGGAAGAUAAGAAGCACUGCCAUCCUCCUAGCAGUCUGAAAGAACAAGCUGUGUGUCUGUCCCCUAUUCCAAAUCCUAAAACAGCUCACAGUAGCAAGAAGGAUGAGAAAGACUCCCUUGUGGAUCAUGGUAUGGAAAAGCAAACUGAUGUCUUAUCUAAGAAGAGAGAAGAAUUGGAUAUUGAGAAUAUUAUAGCCAGCACUAGUGCUGAGUCACAUAAAGAUUCCCAAGUAUCAGAGAAUCCAUCCAUCCAUCCAUUUUCUCUACCGCUUAUCCUACACAGGGUCGCUGGGAACCUGGAGCCUAUCCCAGGGGACUCCGGGCGCAAGGAAGGGGACACCCUGGAUGGUGUGCCAACCCAUCGCCGGGCACAUUCGUACACACACACCCAUUCACACACUACAGACCAUUUAGACAUGCCAAUCAGCCUACGAAGCAUGUCUUUGAACAGGUGGAGGAAACCGGAGUACCCGGAGGAAACCCACGAAGCACGAGGAGAAUUUGCAAACUCCGCACACACAGGGCAGAGGUGGGAAUCAAACCCCCAACCUCAGAGGUGCGAGGCAAAUGUACUAACAACUAAGCCACCGUGCCCCCGAUCAGAGAAUCCACAGAUUCAUAAUAUAACACCUGCUUCAGCUGCACAACCUGAAACUUCAUCAGACAAACAAAGCUGUGAGAAUAUUGCAGAAACCAUCAGUAAUAAAGAUAUACAAGCCAAUCAAAGGAAUACACACAAACUCAUAGAGACAGAUAAUGUAGACUGCCCAAUGCAAAAUGGAGAGAGUACCUAUUCUGACUCCAGUUCUUAUUUUUUAUCAGAGGCGUACUUCGGGUGCAGUGAGAGUGCGAGUGGUGAUUCUGAGAUUGUAGGGAUGGUUAACAGGAUGCCAACUGUCUCCAAGUACCCAGAUGAGCCAAACAAUGCCUUGUUCUCAUUAAUGUCUGGCUCAUGUGAGGAUGCAUCGAGCCAUGACGUCAUGAAAGAAACAGAAGAGUCCAGGCUCCCGUCUGCAUCACCAGAAGAGUGUCAUGGCCAACACUUAACUGUGGUGACAACUGACAAGUCGGAGUUCACAUCACUGAAUGGAGGAAAUAGUUUGUCUGAAUCUGUUUCUAUAGCCAAUAAAGAGCAAAUACAGGAAACAGAUUCUACCUCACAACCAGGAACAAAGAACAAACUACUCCAUCAAGUGGAAACUGAUGCACAAGUAGCACCCAUUGAAAAAAAAGAAUGCCUACAGAAGUGUGAAUUGUGUUCAGUAGUAAAUAUGUUUGACAUACAACCCGUAGAAGGGAACGACAGGGUCGGAUCACAGCUAUUAGUAAACGAGUCAUCGCUGCAGGAUAAAUUAACGGCACCUUAUGUGACAGUGCGGAAAACUGCGGAGGCGCAGUGCAUCGUGUUUUCUGACCCAGUCAAAGUAGUGCCACUGCUGAGAUUAAAGCCAGAAACCUGCUCAGGAUUCAAUUACACAUCUAACCUCAAAUCUGCACUCGAAGGGAAUGAUGGCACACACUCGACACCACAGUCAAAACCAGCUUCUCUAAACAACAGGUUCCCGAAAAGCCCAAACACUGAAAGAAGUCACGAUGAAGCUUGCAGUUUGCCUUUUCAGGUUAAACCGUUGAUUGCAGAGGAGUCGAACCUUGAGCAGGGUAUAGAGGUCAAAGAUAUGGACAGCUCCAAUUCAGAACUGAAGGAAACGGCAACAGCGCAAAUUGUGGACAAAGCACAGCAGCUAAAACCGAAGACAUCGGCUGGCGUUAAGUUCGGACAGCUCGGUGUUGAUAUCCAUCCUUUGAAAAGGAAGACACUGGAGCAUAUAUAUGUGCAGCAAGAGAAUAACCAGCCUGAGGGAAAGCCUAAGUCAGAGAGAAAUGUCCGGAAGCUACAUCGGGUAUCACCUCAACCUAAACCUAUUCCAACACACAAAGUCAAACAAGGUUCAACCAAAGCAUCUGUCACCAAGGUCCACAGCAGUGCGGUAACCUCUGUAACAUCUCCUGUAUCCACACUUGGAGUUCAAAAUGAUCCACGUGGAAGGCAGUUGGGCCAAAACGGGGCUGCUAAUGAUCUUCCUGCAACUCCUGCCAAGCUUCACAGGAGACAUACAGCUCCCAUCAGGUCAAAGCAAACUCAGCUCAGACCCUUGCAGACAGAACUCUCAGCAGACCACCACUGUUCUUCUCAAAAACAGCCUCAGGCUCAACAGGAUAGAAUAAGGGUUAACCAGUUACACCAGUCAAGCUUCAGGCAGCGUUCUGCACCAACCCCAAAAACCACAAGAACCUUAAAAGAGAGAAUUACUGGCUCCUCUUCUCAAACGAAUCAGAAAAAGACUCUUUAAGAGUAUUAAAGAGAAAGAUAAAACGUGAUAACAUGUUGCAGGUGCUUGUAAACUGUGUUCUUCAUAUAGCUUUAUAUCUGGAAUCUGGAUGUUGUAUGUACACUCACCAUACACUUUAAUAGGAACACUUGUACGCCUGCUUAGUUAUGCAGUUAUUCAAUCAGCCAAUCAUGUGGCGGCAGCAGCACAAUACACAAAAUCAUGCAGAUUCUAAUCUUCGGCUGUCCAGUUUGGGUGAGUCUGUUCCCAUGAUGGCUUCAGAUUCUUGUUCUUGGUGGACAGGAGUGGAACAUGAUGUGGUCUUCUGCUGUCAGAAGGUUUGAUGUUUUGUUCAUACUGAGAUGCUUUUCUGCUCACCACGGUUGUAAUAGAGUGAUUAUACGAGUUACUAUAUCCUUCCGAGCAGCUUCCUUAGAUCUCUCUUAGCAACAAGGCGUUUCUCCUCACAGAACUGUCGCUCACUCAGCACCAUUCUGUGUAAACUCUAGAGACUGUUGUGUGUGAAAAUCCCAGGAGAUCAGCAGUUGCUGAAAUUCUCAAACCAACCCAUCUGUUACCAACAACCAUGCCAGGGUUGGAGUCACGGAAAUCACACUUUUUCCCCGUUCUGAUGUUUGAUGUGAACAUUAACUGAAGCUCUUGACCUGUAUCUGCAUGAUUGUAUGCAUUGUGCUGAUUGGAUAACUGAAUAAAUGUGCAGUUGUACAGGUGUUCCUAUGGGAUUGCGCCCCGUGAUGGAUUUCUCACCCCGUCCAGGGUUGUACCCCACCUUGUCCCCGAUACUCCCAGGUUCCCCGUGACCUUGUAGGACAAGCGGUAUAGAAAAUGGAUGGAUGUACAGGUGUUAAUAUUAAAUUGGACACUGAGUGUAUAUACGUGUAUGUAUAUAUCUCAUUUUAAGGGUUUGACACGGGCAAACUAUUUAUGAAGUUCAUCGCUUCAUGCUUACCUCAGUGAACUAAUUCUGGAAUCUUUCGCUCCAGCUGGCACACAGCAACCAAAAACAGAUUUACACCGCACUUUCAGUCAUUAAAAUUACACCGCUUAUAAAUAAAUAUAAAUCUUUUUUUUCCUCCUUUUACUUUCUUCAACAUCCAGGAGUCUGAUUAAAAAAAUCGACUAAAUUGCGAAACGUUACACACAAAAACCCCAGUUUUAUUCCUGGACAUUCAGAAGAUUCAAAAGAUCAUAUGCUAUAGUAACCUCCGAAUUUGUUUUGAUGAAGGUGAUCAAGAGCAGUAGGUACUGGGAAAUUUUUUUUUUUAAUCAGCCCUUUAAUCACAAUUUUGUGAUUAAAUAACAAAAGCAAAGUACAGAAGCAGGCAAGUGUCACGUUACAAAGAUGGAUACGGAAGCAAGCGCAGAUCUUCAAACAUUUAUUAAACAACAAAACAAAGACACUAAGCCAACUAGGCAGAAUACUGUGGCUAAGACUAAACAUAAACUAUGAAACAAAACAUGGUACAGGGACACAGGUCAAGACAGACAAUACGU